AUGUGUCUAUCAUUAAAACAAUUGGAGUGGGCUGAAAUAUGCCGUCGGCUGAAGAAAGACGAACCAGUGGCAGAGAAGAAAAUACAGAAAUUUCCUUCUAGAGAACGCAAUCAUGCUGUGAGGAGGAAAAGUAAUAAUAAUAAUCUACGAUCGCAUGUCAAUUGUGAAGCGUGCGCUCGAGUCGCUGAAAACGAAAGAUGA